AAAAGUUUGAUUUUUCUUGGCAGACAAGAUCACUAGUCUGGCCAUUGACUCAUAGACUUUUCUUCUUUCCUCUAUUCCUUCAGCUAUCUUUGAUUUGUCAUAUGCUUCUUAUCAAGCUAUCUAGAUACAUUUGACUCUUCUAAUAUUUCUCCAUGAUAAGCUUGCUUUGCAACUCUCCUUUUGCCCAAAGAAAUGCAUAUAAAUACAACAUUUUCCAAGCCCAUUUCUCCACUCUCUAUCACAGAAAGAAACAAAGAUGAUAUACAAUAUUUCAUUAGCAAUCUCUUUUGUCAUAAUAAUUAUUCUUUUGAGAUGGGGUUGGAGAUUCAUGAAUUGGCUGUGGUUGCAGCCAAAGUGUUUGGAGAAAUGCCUCACAGAGUUGGGUUUCAGGGGAAACCCUUACAAGCUGUUGUAUGGAGACAUGAAAGAAGUUGUGAUGAUGGAUGAAGAAGCUAAGUCCAAGCCUAUCAAAUUCUCCCAUGAUAUUGUCCCUAGAAUCAUGCCCUUCAUCCAAAAAACCAUUAUCGAUUACGGUAAGAAGUCUUUUAUAUGGUUGGGGCCAACUCCUGCAUUGCUCAUCAUGGACCCAGAACUUAUAAGGGAAAUCUUGUCAAAGAGUAAUAUAUUCCAGAAGCCUCCGCCUACUGCACAAACAAAAUUGUUAGCAGAAGGAAUCUUGAGCUAUGAAGCAGAUAAGUGGGCUAAACACAGAAGAAUCAUCAACCCUGCUUUUCACCUAGACAAGUUGAAGCAUAUGGUACCUUCAUUCCAUUUGUGUACUUGUGAGAUGUUGAGCAAAUGGGAAAAAAUUGUCUCAGCAGAAGGAUCAGAGGUAGAUGUGUGGCCAUAUCUUCAAAGUUUAACAAGUGAUGCCAUUUCAAGAACUGCAUUUGGCAAUAGCUAUGAAGAAGGAAGAAAGAUGUUUGAACUUCAACAAGAACUAGCCAAAAUUAUCUUAAAAGUGACAGAGUCAAGUUAUAUUAAGUUCUUGCCCAACAAAGAGGAUAGAAGGAUGAAACAAAUAUAUCAGGAAGUAAGAUCACUUGUGUUGGGAAUUAUCAAUAAAAGAAUGAAUGCAAUUGAAGCAGGGGAAGCAUCAAAUAACGAUGACUUAUUGGGUAUAUUAUUGGAAUCCAAUUUGAAAGAAAUCCAGGAACAUGGAAAUAAGAAAUUUGGAAUGAGUAUGGAUGAGGUAAUUGAAGAGUGUAAGUUGUUUUAUUUUGCUGGACAAGAGACAACUUCAGCAUUGCUUACAUGGUCAAUGAUUGUAUUGAGCAAACACUCCGACUGGCAAGCUCGUGCUAGAGAAGAGGUUCUUAAAGUCUUUGGCAACAAUAGACCUGACUAUGACAUGCUGAAUCAACUCAAAGUUGUAACUAUGAUUAUUCAAGAGGUCUUGAGAUUGUAUCCACCACUUCUUUUGAUGGGUCGAGAGGUACAUAAAGAAACCAAAUUAGGAAACUUAUCACUACCAAGUGGAGUGCAACUCCUAUUACCAACAAUAAUGUUGCAUCAUGACCAAGAAAUAUGGGGUGAAGAUGUUAAAGAGUUCAAUCCAGAGAGGUUUAGUGAAGGAGUAAACAAAGCAACAAAAGGCAAGUUUGCAUACUUUCCAUUUAGUUGGGGACCAAGAAUCUGCAUUGGACAAAACUUUGCUAUGUUAGAGGCCAAAAUGGCUCUUGCUAUGAUUCUACAACACUAUGCUUUUGAUGUUUCUCCUUCUUAUGCUCAUGUUCCUUAUUCAGUGCUAACUCUUCAACCUCAACAUGGCGCUCAGCUAAUUCUACACAAGUUGUAGGUGGAGGAGGAGCCAAAGUUUGAAGUUUUUGAGCUCUGAACUUAUCGCCGUUUAGCUUUAGUAAAUUCUAUAUUACAAAUACAGGAUCUAAGCAAAAAUUGUUGGUUCAUCUAAACUCGUGUCUAAUACUUUAGUUCCGCUCCUUGAUUAUUUGGAGCAUCUUGUAGCCAAGUUAUCUUACGAAGUUUUGUUUAAUAUUUGGUAAUAAAGGAUCACUUAUUCUAAUUUUUGUUGUUA